AUGAAGGAAGCAAAGGGUCUGAAGGAAGCAAAGGGCCUGAAAGAAGCAAAGGGUCUGAAGGAAGAAAGGAGUCUAAAGGAAGAGAGAGGCAUAAAGAGGCGAGGGAACCGCCUGGACGAUGCCCAUGUCCCGAAUUCUAGCCGCGUCGUGGAAGGAACCCGACCGGUGGAGGGAACUCGACCGAUGGACGGAGCCCGGCAUGAAUGUUUGGUUGACGAUACCCGAAUUUUGGAAGACACUAGGUUCCUUGAGGACUCUCGAGGAAGAGAAGACGGCCGAAGACGAGAAGAUGGUCGGGGACUGGUAGCUGGAAGCUUAGUCAGUGUUGAGCCACUAAGGGUUGGUGGUCGUGAUCGAAGAGGUUGGGGCACGAGUGGUGAGGACUCUAGUCAUCGGGAGGAGUCGAGUAACCGCGGAUCCGUGGACAAGAUAGUUAGCAAGAAAACGGACUUUUCUGAGAGAGACCUGCCUUUUGGGGAAGCUGUAGGCCUCACCGCUGCGGACCUUGCCAUGCCCCCUAUGCCCCGGAAUAUGUUACCUAACGUGUUACCAAAUGUGUUACCGAACGCCUCACCGAACGUGUUACCGAGCGUGUUGCCAAAAAUGCUACCGAUACAGAUGUUGCCGAACAUGUUGCCGAACAUGUUGCCGGUGCAACCGAGUGCAAGAAGUGUGCGCCCUAGCACACUUGGAGACGCGAGUCUACUCGCCACUGAGCUGAAGGCGGCAGCCCGAGGGAAAAUGACGAGUCAGCUCAAGACAGCGAGUCAGCUUAAGGCGGGCAAUCCGGUGAGCAAUGCGGCCGCUGCGGUUUACCUCGGCGUCCCGGCAGGACCUGCAGCUGCGGCCAGCGCCGCGGGUCUGAUCGGGGGCGGCGCUCAAGAGUGUGCUCUUCCUUCCGGCGCUUUUGCAACAGCAAAUACCUCCGUUGGAGCAAAUACUUCCGUCGGAGCGGCGAAUGCGUCUGGCGGAGGAAGUGGUCCAUACUCAGGUUCUUCGGAAGCGUUGGAUUUGGGAGGUUGGAAGUCAGUGCAGCGGGGGUCGGUGCAGGCUGAAGUGCCGCCAGUUGUGCGGUCUUUGUCGAAGCACACUUCGUCUCCGUUCAUUGCGUCCUUUGCGGGUGGUUGGCCGGAGGGUUUCAGUGGUGGUUUGACGAAGCUUUCACCUUCGCAACGAACGGAGAGGCUGCAGCCGGGCCGGAUGAAGAGUCUUGUGGGUAAGAGCUUGGUCGGCAAGAAUCUGGCGACUACCGCGGAAGAUGAUGACGACGAUGAUGAUGAGAGCUCUCGGUUCGCUGUCGCUUCCGUUAUCCAUCGCCAACUCCCUGGCCGCUCACCCAGCAACAGCGCUGUCCGCUCGCCUGUCUGCCAACCUCAGUUCCGGCUCAAACAGGCCAGCGGCGUACGAGACGCCGGCUUUCGGGACACAAACCCUGUAACCAACGCGCCCUCCUCCUCUGGGGAAGAAUCGAUGACCUUGCGACCAAGAGUUCUCUCUGGCGAAGCCGCGUAUGAGAACAGCAUAUGGGCACCGCUAGAUGCGAAGCAUAUAACCAAUAAUGUAACCACACACCAAACUUAA